AUGGACAUUUGGCAGGCUUGUGUGGGGGCGUUCAUCGUGUUCAACCAUCCUCUGAGCGUUCAUCGAUGCAUGGAAGACUUUUCCUCGCUGAGUAGAUUCAAGAAAUACCCCAAGGAGCUCAAGUUCCAAGGGAUUCAUAAACUCAAGGUGGUGAAAGCGCCCGAGCCCGACAACAUCAUCUGGGAGAACCUGGAGUUCUCCAAGUUCAAGCGGCGAAUGCGACAUAACGUGACUGGGCUGGUGUCAUUGAUGGCCCUAACGAUCGCCUUUGCCCUAGUGAUGAUGACCACCGGCAUUCAAGACCACUGGGCGCAAAUCAUCCCCAAGAUCACGUACUGCCAGCUAGAGGUACCGGCGUUGUACUUCAGCAACUAUUCGAGGGCGAUUGACGUUGCGGACGAGCUGUCUCUCGUGCGGCCGGACCAAAGCUACCGCGGCGAAAUCGAUGAAGCUUGCCAGACACGCCUCGAUAACCCGUUGGCGGUGUACAUGGUCUACACACUCGAAGAGGGCGAUGAUAGUUACCUGUCUCCGGCGUUGAACUACACAAUAGACGCGUGCGGGAUAGGGGAAGACGUCUGCCCCGCGGCCGGGGACGACCUGCACUGCCCUUGUGUCUUAGGGGGAAGCAUUCAGAGGUGCGACACGCUGGAGUGCGCGGAGCCCGGGGAUGACCCCGGCGGAACAUGCGGAGAGUUCGUCUUGUCCACGUUGUCGGGAUGUUAUUGUUACGAACGGCUUCUGGACGAGCGAGAGGAGUCGGGCAUAUUCUCGGCCGCGAGCAACCUGAACGCUGAAGACAGCGACAUCUGCCGAGCCUUUGCCGCAUCCUGGGUCCUGGUUAAGGUGUUCAAUUUCGUGGUGUCCUUACUGACGCCAUUCAUCAACGGCGGCCUGGAGCAUUGCUUGACUUUUCUCGUCGUGGGAUGGCAACACAACACCAGCGACGACGAGACCGCCACUCGCCUCAUGUAUGGGGUUUUCAAGACGCAGUUCAUCAACACGGGGCUGCUUUUCUUGCUGGUCUACGGGACGGGACCGUCCGGGUACGAGACCCCACAGAUCGUGAAGGAUCUGAGCAUUUUUUCUGGGCCCUACACGGACUUCAGCAGAGAUUGGCAGAAAGAUGCUGGGCACGGCUUGCUGAUCUCCUACAUCCUGGCGGCUAUCGGGCCACACGUUGGUCCGCUGAUAGAGUGCUUCUUUCUCAGCAAGCGACGCAUUCGCAAGGCCACGAAGGCGGUGCAGGAAGACAAGGGGGAGUACGUCAUGCAGGGAGACCUCAACGAAGUUUUCGUGGGGCCGGUCUUCGACUUCACGACGCGUUACUCGUACCUUCUGACGCUGCUGUUCACUGCGAUGGCAUACUCCGGAGGGAUGUUUGCUAUGAACGCCCUGUCCUUCGCGUUCUUUUUCAUCACCUACUGGGUCGACAAGGCCAUGCUCCUGAGAUACUACAGGCGGCCCCCGCACCGCGAAGAUGCGCUGCAACAGCAGGUUAACAACACCCUCCCGUGGGCGCUCUUGCUACACCUGUGCUUUACGUGCUGGUUUUUGGGGACGGAGUCGCUGAAGAGCGAGGUUAUCACGGAGUCGAUCUCGCAAGUCAAGCCGUACGAGGACGUGAUCGCAUCAUACGAGGAGGGGUAUGGGAUUCUCGUGUCGCGCAUCAUCCGCACAAACGUGUUCCCCUUGUUCCUUCUUACGCUGGGAGUGCUGGUGUGGUGCGUCCUGGAGUUUCUCAACGGGUACUUCCCGCUCUUUGUUAUCCUCGGGAAGGGCUUCCGGUUCGUCCUCGGGUCAUGCACGGGAAAGAAGAGGACCCUGGAGGUCAUGCGGCCAGGGAAGAAGAUUCGCAGCAGGUGGACAUCGGAGGUCGCUGCAUACACGGACGUCUACUACCAGUACAUCCCCAAGAACGGGGACCUCACGACGGCAGAGAAGCUGGAGGGCUGGAUGGUCAGUCACCUCGCGGAUAAGUCUGUCGUCAAAAAGAAGGGGUGGGACAUGGACGAGGAGGAAGCUCCUCCGGGGAGGGGAGACGCCAAAUUUUCGUGGGAGGUCAUCCGCGACAACUCCAUCUUUACAUACCGCAUCGAUCUCGUCCCGGCCUACGCGGAGGUCAUGGCGGCAUUACAGGAGGAAGAACGCUUGUACAAGGAGGAUUUAGAGGCCGAGAGCGACGACAGCGAUGCGUCCGGAGACAACGAUGACAGCGACGAGGAGGAAGAAGACGAGGACUCGGAUGACGACGAGGAGCAGACAGCGGCGUUGACAAGUUCAAAGAAGGCCAGCAGCAAGAAAAAGGCCGCAUUCAAUCCAUUCGAUGACGCCGGAAACGGAGGGGCAGACGGGGACGAUGCAGGGGACGACGACGGCUAUAACCCGUUCGCGGACUUCAUGGACGGGAUGGAGGACGAUUAAGGAUGGACGAUUACUACGAGGACAGUCGACGGUGCCGUCACAAACAGGAGAGGAUCCGCGACGCGGAAAUAUCUGCUGCAUUGUUGCGAAUGCCGACAACAUUGUUUGUGCCGUUCAAGGAGCAAGUGUCCCUCGUCGGACUCGAGAUAAUGUUCCUCAACCAGAUUAUGGCACUAUGGAAAGGCAUAUUCAUCCCGCCGUUCAUCCCGCCGUUCACGCCCAGAUGGCCCCAAACUACCAUGUCGCGCUGACUGACGAGUAUGGGUGAUAUCUGGAAGUUCUACCCAGGCAUCGAUUAUCGAGUGUUUGACUCAGUGACUACAGUAAGCUCGUCCGUCAUGCUAGCAUUAUUGCGGCCGACGGAGUAGUUUUGUAGAAAUUUGGCCCACUCACUCCUGGUUCAAAGCAAUACUACGAGAUGAGAAUGACUCCAGUGCAAAGCAUUGUUGGAACCAAAUAUAGUCCGGGCAUGUUGACAUCUACUGAGCACAGUCUAGGCCGGCAUCAAUAUGAAGUCGCUUUCGAGGAGGGUAGCACUUUGAAGAGAAAUUGAGGGCAAGGGGGGAGAGAACCAUGUCGAUCGUGUACAAGCAUCUAACAAGGCGGUCACGGGACACCUCGCGAGGCCAGCCGACGGACGGAAAGCCGUGGGGGGAGAGGGCGGGGGGGGUCUUUACAUGCAACUCGGUGGACUGCAAUUGAACGAGGCUGGGAGGGACGCUGUCAAUUCUGCUGUUUUCGGAACACAUUGAAGCGGGUGCUGA